UCCAGCUGUGGGGAACGGAGUCUUUAUUACACAUCACACGUUCUGUAUUCUCUCUGAUUCACAAAGGAUGGACAAGGACAGAAGUCACAGGACUGAGAGUAUAAUAAAAAUCACCCUGGAGAUCAUCUACCUGCUGACUGGGGAGGAUUACACAAUAGUGAAGAAGACAUCCAAUGAGUGUGAGAUAACCAGCAGCCAUCCCUGUGUAUCUGGAGGACUGAGUAGAACCCAGAGCCCCAUCACGGUGCCUCCACCUCACUCACUGACACAUGAAAGACACAAUGACCAGAAGAUCCUGAAACUCACCAACAAGAUCAUUCAGUUGCUGACUGGAGAGGUGGAGGAGUAUAUAGAGGAACACAGGGGUCUGUACAAGGACAUGAUGAUGGAGAAUCACCGGCCCCUCACAUCACUGGAUAGACCCCGUAACAGAGAUACCCCAGAGAGAUGUCCCCGUCCUCUGUAUUCCCAGGAUUGUACAGAGGAGAAUCACAGGAUCCCACAGGAGGAUCAGGGUGAAGCCCAAAUAAAUAAUGUUAAAGUCAAAGCUACAGAGGGAGAAGAAGAGACGUAUGUGACUGAUAUAAAGACAGAAGAUAUAGAAGGAGAAGAAGAUACGUAUGUGACUGAUAUAAAGGCAGAAGAUAUAGAGGGAGAAGAAGAGAUGUAUGUUACUGAUAUAAAGGCAGAAGAUAUAGAGGGAGAAGAAGAGACGUAUGUGACUGAUAUAAAGGCAGAAGAUACAGAGGGAGAAGAAGAGAUGUAUGUUACUGAUAUAAAGGCAGAAGAUAUAGAGGGAGAAGAAGAGACGUAUGUGAGGGGUGAUCAGCAGUGUAAGGAGGAUGAGAUCCCUACAGAUAUCAGCACAGCAGAUGGACACACAAGCAGGAAUAUCUCAGAAGGAUAUCUAAUGUUAUCUCUGGAUUCUGAAAUAACAGAUAAUGACAGUAGGCAGGAUUCUCCAGGAGCUAACCCCAUUACCCAAAUUAUUCAUCCAGCUCUAUCAGCUGAUCCCUCUGAUCCUGAGAAAUGUUCUCCUGAUCACUCUGAUAUUGGUGCAUCUGUUACAGCUCUGAGAGUAGAUACAGUGUUUCCGUGUUCUAUAGAUGCCAUAUGUUUUACACAGAACACAAACCUUAUUACUAAUCAGCCAGCUAAAGCAGAUGAGAGGCCAUUUGCAUGUUCUGAGUGUGGGAAAUGUUUUACAUAUAAAUCUUAUCUUGUUAGACAUGAGAGAAGUCACACAGGGGAGAAGCCGUAUUCCUGUUCUGAGUGUAGAAAAUGUUUUGCAUGUAAAUCAGUUCUUGUUACACAUCAGAGAAGUCACAUAGGUGAGAAGCCAUAUUCCUGUUCUGAGUGUCGGAAAUGUUUUGCACGGAAAUCAGCUCUUGUUAUACAUCAGAGAAGUCACACAGAUGAGAAGCCGUAUUCCUGUUCUGAGUGUGGGAAAUGUUUUGCACACAAAUCACAUUUUGUUACACAUCAGAGAAGUCACACAGGUGAGAAGCCGUAUUCCUGUUCUGAGUGUGGGAAAUGUUUUUCAUCGAAACCAGAUCUUGUUAGUCAUCAGAGAAGUCACACAGGUGAGAAGCCAUAUUCCUGUUCUGAGUGUCGGAAAUGUUUUGCACGGAAAUCACAUCUUGUUGUACAUCAGAGAAGUCACACAGGUGAGAAGCCAUAUUCCUGUUCUGAGUGUGGGAAAUGUUUUGCACACAAAUCACAUCUUGUUAUACAUCAGAGAAGAAGUCACACAGGUGAGAAGCCAUUUUCCUGUUCUGCGUGUGGGAAAUGUUUUGUACGGAAAUCAGAUCUUGUUACACACCAGAAAAGUCACACAGGUGAGAGGCCAUUUCCAUGUUCUGAGUGUGGGAAAUGUUUUGCACGGAAAUCGCAUCUUGUUAUACAUCAGAGAAGUCACACAGGUGAGAGGCCAUAUUCUUGCUCUGAGUGUGGGAAAUGUUUUUCCCAGAAAUCACAUCUUGUUCUACAUCAGCGAAGUCACACAGAUGAGAGGCCGUUUUCUUGCUCUGAGUGUGGGAAAUGUUUUUCCCAGAAAUCACAUCUUGUUCUACAUCAGAGAAGUCACACAGGUGAGAAGCCAUUUUCUUGCUCUGAGUGCGGGAAAUGUUUUUCCCAGAAAUCAUAUCUUGUUGUACAUCAGCGAAGUCACACAGGUGAGAAGCCAUUUUCUUGCUCUGAGUGUGGGAAAUGUGUUAGAUGGAAAUCACAACUUGUUACUCAUUACAGAAGUCACACAGGUGAGAAUAUAUUUCCAUGUUCUGAGUGUGGGAAAUGUUUUUCCCAGAAAUCACAUCUUGUUCUACAUCAGAGAAGUCACACAGGUGAGAGGCCAUUUUCUUGCUCUGAGUGUGGGAAAUGUUUUUCCCAGAAAUCACAUCUUGUUCUACAUCAGAGAAGUCACACAGGUGAGAAGCCAUUUUCUUGCUCUGAGUGUGGGAAAUGUGUUAGAUGGAAAUCACAACUUGUUACUCAUUACAGAAGUCACACAGGUGAGAAUAUAUUUCCAUGUUCUGAGUGUGGGAAAUGUUCUGCACACAAAUCAGAUCUUAGAAACCAUGAGAGAAGUCACACAGGUGAGAAGGCAUUUCUCUAACACCCUAAGUGGAUGCUGGGGAC